AUGAAUCUCAACGCCUCCUUUUCUCUCCUCUCCUUAACACUCUUACUCGUCCUCUCUCCCCUUGUUACAGCCGAUAACAUCACACAUGCGUUUGAGAAAUACUCAAACUUCAGCACCAUGAGUGACCUCUUCACCCAAACCAAGCUCACUACACUCAUAAGCACAUACCAAACCAUAACCAUACUCGCUGUUAACAACAGCGCCAUCAACUCUAUCACUAACAAAUCCGCCAUUGAGCUCAAGAACAUCCUCAUGACUCAUGUCAUUCUUGACUACUACGAUGAGCUCAAGUUUAAGGACAUGAAGGAGAAGAGCAUGAUGCUCACCACCUUGUACCAAACAACCGGUUUGGGUGAAGAGAUGAAUGGUUUUCUCAACUGUACCAAAUCUAAAGGAAGAGUUUGCUUUGGAUCAGGAGUAAAGGACUCACCUCUAAACGCUGAGUAUGUCACAACAUUGUAUCACAACCCUUUUAAUCUGUCUAUUAUACAUAUUAGCAUGCCCAUUGUGGCUCCUGGACUUAGCUUAGCAGUUUUACCACCACCACCACCACCUGUUCAUUUAGCUCCAACGCCGGCUCCAUCUCCAGCUCCAUCUCCAUCUCCUAUGGUUGCUACAAUGGCUCCAAGUCCAUCUCCCAUGAAUGUUGCAACCCCUACAGCUCUAGCUCCAGCUCCAGCUCCUGGACCAGGUGAUGAAGACAAUGCCUCAGAUAGUAAUGUUCCAAAAGCUACACCUGAAAUAGAGACACCUGAGGUUGAUUCUCCCGCGCCUACUCCGAGUGCUGAUAAUGAGAAGAUUGAAGCUGCUGAUAAGGCUGGGAAGACCUCUUCUGCUUGUAAGGCAUGUUUUAGCUUUGAAGUUGUUCUCUUGCUAGUAUUUUUUGUUAGCUUUGCUUGGUUUUAA